AUUUUUAAUAAUGUGAAGAAUAUUUAUUUAGUCACAAUAUUAUUUAUAUAGUUGUAAAUAAUAUGUAUAAUUAAUCCAAAUAGAAAAAAUUAAAAAUUGAAGUUUUUCAUUUUUGGCGAGUUAUUUUCGCAAACUUUCAGCAAAAUGUCACAUAAAAACAAUGAGGAAGUUGAUAGUUUAAAUAAUUCCGUUAGAAGUACUUCGAGAGUGUUAAGUUUUUUUAAUAAAUCCAAAGAGGUUAUUAUUCACAAUGAAGUAAAAAAUGAUUCAGUGAUUCUCGAAUGUGAUCCUGAAUUAAAUACCAUAAAUAAGAAUGAACGUUCAUAUGUAGAAAGUAAUAAUAAACUUACAUUUAACGUUGUAUUUGGUAAGAUAACUACUAAAAAACAUAAAACAUGGGACAGUGAUGGUCUUUUAGAAGUUCUUGGAAAAAAUGCAGUUUUGAAGGAUCUGGACGGUAGUAUUAUUGGUAGAACAACAGUUAAUCCACAAUGUUUAAAUGAAGGUUUUAGACUGUUUAUUGCCAGUAAAGAAGUAGAGAUAAUUAACUUGGUAUCGCAUGAUGUAAACUUAGCAGGUAAUACUUGCGAAAGUAUAGAAGACAGAGAACCACCAAGAAAAAAGUUUAAAACUUCUAAUACUGGUUCAUGUUUAUUAGCAGGCUCUGAAAUAACUUCUGAAGCAUUGAUAAUGCCAAGUUUUUGUACUAAGAUAGAUGGUAUCGAUAAUAUUAAUCCAGAAACUGAACAACAAGUGUCUGUAGAUGCUUGUUUGACAAAUGUACUUAGACCUCAUCAACGAGAUGGAGUUAUUUUUCUUUAUGAAUGUAUUAUGGGAAUUAAAAUUGAAAAUAAUUUUGGUGCUAUUUUGGCAGAUGAAAUGGGUCUUGGGAAAACAUUACAAUGUAUAACAUUGAUAUGGACACUCUUAAAGAAAGGACCAUUUGGUAAACCAGUAUUAAAACGUGUACUUAUUGUCACUCCUAGCAGUUUGUGUAAUAAUUGGAAAAAAGAAUUUAUUCAUUGGUUGGGCUCUCAUAGGAUUUUUCCUUUUGUUGCUGAUAGUAAAAAUAAGCCACAAAAUUUUAAAAGACAACCAAGAUCACAGGUAUUAAUUAUUAGUUAUGAAAUGUUUGUUAGAAGCUAUGAAGAAAUCAAAGAAAUUAAUUUUGAUUUAAUAAUAUGUGAUGAAGGACACAGAUUGAAAAAUAGUAACAUACAAGCAGCCAAGCUGUUACAAGAAAUUGAUUGUAGAAAAAGAAUUCUUUUAUCAGGCACACCUAUACAGAAUGAUUUGCAAGAAUUUUAUACACUCGUCAAUUUUGUAAAUCCUAUUAUUUUAGGUAGUAGUACCGAAUAUAAACGUUAUUACGAAAGUCCUAUUAUUGCCUCUCAAUGUCCAUAUGCAUCAGAUGAUGCCCAAUUUUUAGGAAAGGACCGAGCUAAAGAAUUGCGCGAUAUAACUAGUCCUUUUAUCUUGAGACGAACCCAAGAAAUAAUUAGUAAAUAUUUACCGCGCAAGCAUGAAAUGGUUAUAUUUUGCCAUUUAUCAGAAAAACAAAAAGACUUGUAUUCCCUUGUGAUAGAUACUUGGUUUGACAAUAUGAUAUCGGAGAAAAAACCAACGCAUUUAACAAUUAUAACAGCUCUUAAAAAGAUUUGUAAUCAUCCAGUUCUAUUUACAAAGGAUAAAGAUAACUUUUUAAAUAAUAAUCCAACCUUUUUACAAUUAAUAAAAGAUGAUAAUGCUUCGAAUAGUAAUGAAACAGAAUAUUGCGGUAAAAUAACGAUCGUUCGAUGUUUAAUGAGAAAUCUGAAAAAAACUGAUGAAAAAAUAGUACUAGUUUCUUAUUACACACAAACACUUGAUUUUUUCGAAUCUAUUUGCAAUGUCGAAGGACUAAAAUAUUGCAGACUCGAUGGUAGUACACAAAAUGUGGCAAGAAUGAAAAUUAUAGAACAAUUCAAUUCCAAAACUGACGAUAGUAAAAUAUUCUUAUUAAGUGCAAAGGCAGGUGGUAUCGGAUUAAAUUUACCAGGAGCAUCUAGACUGAUAUUAUUUGAUUCAGAUUGGAAUCCUGCAUCAGAUGCUCAAGCUAUGGCAAGAAUAUGGAGACAUGGUCAAAAAAAAAGUGUUUAUAUCUACAGAUUACUAAUGUCAGGUACAAUUGAAGAAAAAAUAUAUCAACGUCAAAUUAGUAAAACAAAUUUAAGUGAAGUUGUUGUUGAUGCAAAUAAUCUUUCUUCUUUGAAACUAUCAUCUAGUGAAUUAAAGGAUUUAUUCACUUUAACAUUAAACACAGAUUCUUUGACACAUGAUUUGAUGAAUUGUACAUGUUGUGAUGAAGUAAUUCUCAAUGAAUUAUCAGAUGAAUGUGAUGAUAUAAAUAAAAAAGAGUAUACAAAAAAUAUUAUUAAAAAAAAGCAAUCUCAACAAAAUUUAACUAUUAAUCAACUUCUUGAUUGGCAACAUUAUAGAAAACCAUUUGCAGACAAUAUGAUGCAAGAACUUAUGCUAAAACAAGUAUCUAAACAUAUUUCAUUUAUAUUUAAAAACACCAUAACUGAAAAAUAUGAGUCUAUUUAGAAAUUGUUUAGUAAUAGAAUAACAUAAUAUGAUAAGAAGUAUAUAAUGAUUUUUAAAUCA